CUGCGGUCAGCUUCGGUCUUGUAGCCCAAAAUAAUUAAUACUCUGGAAUCCACCACCUGCACCAACUCUCCUCCGCCCCACCCUCUCCGCCUGCAUUGCAUCCCUCACAAUGCUUCCGCAGCGGUCUUCACGAUUGCUCUCUUGCCUGUCGCGUGGCGCUUUCCGUUCGCCUGUAGCACCGCUCAGCGCGUCGCUGCGAUGUCGGACCCAGCGACCCUACAGCAUUCAUGCUGACAAGUCUGUUGGCGAGAAGAUACAGGAUAUCGACCCGACCAAGCUCUCGAUAACCAAGACGACGACGCCAAAAGAUCUGCUGCCGCAUGAAGAACUUGUCUUUGGCCGCAACUUCUCUGAUCACAUGCUCUCGCUCGAGUGGACAGCAACAGAAGGAUGGCUGCCAGCACGCAUUACCCCCUACCAGAACCUCAGUCUCGACCCCGCGACGUGUGUCUUCCACUAUGCAUUCGAGUGCUUCGAGGGCAUGAAGGCCUACAAAGACAAGAGCGGCAACAUCAGGCUGUUCAGGCCGGACAAGAACAUGGCUAGGCUGAACAAGUCAUCAGCACGAAUUGCAUUGCCCACAUUCGACCCUGAUGCCUUGAUCGAGCUCAUCGGCAAGUUUGUGAAGGAGGAUGAGCGUUUCGUUCCCGAUGCGCGAGGCUACUCUCUCUACCUCCGCCCAACGAUGAUCGGCACACAGCGCACCCUCGGCGUCGGCCCUCCCGCGUCUGCACUACUCUACGUGAUCGCUUCUCCCGUCGGCCCAUACUACCCAACCGGAUUCAAGGCUAUCUCGCUCGAGGCUACAGACUACGCCGUGCGCGCAUGGCCUGGAGGUGUUGGAGACAAGAAGCUUGGUGCCAACUACGCACCUUGCAUCGUUCCGCAGAUGCAGGCUGCAAGCCGCGGAUUCCACCAGAACCUGUGGCUGUUUGGUGAGGAGGAGUUCAUCACAGAGGUCGGCACCAUGAACCUGUUUGCAGCUAUCAAGAACAAGGAGACAGGAAAGCCAGAAUUGCUCACUGCGCCUCUUGACGGAACUAUUCUUGAGGGAGUAACACGAGACUCAAUCCUCGAGCUUGCGCGGGAACGACUGGUGCCCAAGGGCUGGACCGUAUCGGAGCGCAAGUUCACCAUGAAGGAGGUGGCCGAUGCUGCUAACGAGGGACGCAUGAUGGAGAUCUUCGGUGCAGGUACUGCUGCCAUUGUCGCUCCGGUGCGCAAGAUCAGCUGGAAGGGACAGCUUGUUGACUGUGGGCUCGAAGACCACGUCGAGGCCGGCCCGGUUGCACAGCAGAUGAAGGAUUGGAUGGAGGCGAUUCAGUACGGCGACGAGGACCACGCGUGGAGUUACAAGGUGAUAUAAGCAAGUAGUUGAUAUAAAUGUGACGUGCUAAGCGUGCAUAUUUACGCAAUAGACUGUAUAUACAUGAGACGUAGUCGCAGCUUGAGAAAAGAUAUGUCGCACCUGGCGCAUUGACAUUGGCGACGGUGAUGGCACGGUGACUUCGCAAUGGUGGGGUAGAGGAUGCGGACGCAGAGCG